UGUUUCCUUAUGCUGUGGAAUCACUGUCAGAGCUGCCGGUGGAAAGACUUGUACAGACUCACAGGAAACAGGAACACACAGUUGUCAGCUGACAGGGAGCUUCAGGGGAGUUGGUCUCAGUGUGGGACACAGGAGACAUGACCUCUGACCUGGAGGAGCAGGAGGACGAGCUGCUCGCUCUCCUCAGCAUCUUCGGGCCGGAGGAGUUUGUUCGGAAUGAGUCGAGUCCGGCCGGUGAAAUCCGAGUGUCUGUGGAGCUUCCUGCUGAAUUCACUGUGGCUCUGACAGAAGGUGGAACCGUGAGACAGUAUGAGCUGUCGUUCCUCCCCCCUCUGCUCCUGACCUUUGAACUCCCUGCAGAUUACCCAUCAUCCUCCCCUCCUUCCUUCACCCUCACCUGCAGCUGGAUGACACGCUCACAGCUCUCUGCACUGUGCGCUCAGCUCACUGACCUCUACCAGGCCACCGGAGGCGCUGUGGUGCUCUUCUCCUGGGCCCAGUUUCUCAGAGAGGAUGCCCUCAAGUUCCUGGAUGUUGAUACUCACCUGGAGCUCCCCUCGGGCGAACACAUCUCUCAGCACUUUAGCCUGAACUCACAGAAUCACAACAAUGGAGACACGGAUGUCUCCUCCUUGCCUCCCUUUGGCCCCUUAGGGGAGAUCGAUCACAUUGAACCAGGAGCUCCUGCUCUGCCGCUGCAGCCGAGAGAAUCCUUUCAGAGCACAGAGCCAACCCCCUCCAGUCCCCCCCCAUCUCCGUCACUAACUCUCCUGUCCCAGCUCUUGAUCCACGACGCUGCCCAGAAGCAGAGACAGUUCUCCGUCACCCUGUUUGACUGCGGCGUGUGUUGUGGGAGCUGGCUGGGGUCGGAGUGUGUGCAGUUGCCUGAGUGUGGUCACGUCUUCUGUCAGGCCUGUCUGUCUCAGUUCUGUAAGAUGCAGAUAACAGAGGGGAACGUCCGGGGCGUCUCCUGUCCUGAGACGUCCUGCAGGGCCAGUCCCACUCCUGCACAGGUGAGGAGUCUGGUCGGAGAGGAACUGUUCAGCCGGUACGAUCGUCUCCUGCUGCAGUCGACUCUGGACCUCAUGUCUGAUGUGACCUACUGUCCUCAGCGCUCCUGUGGGUCACCCGUCAUCGUGGAGAAGUCCCACGCCGCGGCCCUGUGCUCUGUGUGCCGCUUCCCUUUCUGUGUCCGCUGCAGGAAGACGUACCACGGAGCCGCGGACUGUCAGGAGAACACCACCAUGAAGAAACUGAUGGAGACAGACCUUCAGGAGGGGAAGGUGGACGUGCCACAGUCACAAGAGGGGAUGAGGGCUCUGUCAGACGACUACACCAGCGGCAGCGAGGAGAGACGGCGCCUCCUGCAGAGCCGAUACGGCCGCAGGAUGCUGCAGGUCGUUCUGCCGGAGUUCCUGAGUGAGGACUGGGUGGUGUUCAACAGCAAGAGCUGCCCUCACUGCUUCUGCAAGAUAGAGAAAAGUGGAGGAUGCAACAUGAUGACGUGCUCUCGGUGUAGACAGCUGUUCUGCUGGACCUGCCUCCUCAGACUGCAGAGAGUUGGUUCAAGUCACUUUCAGGAGGGCACCUGCUCUCUCUAUGGAGGAUACCUGCCCUAGUCCUUCAGAUCCUGUCCCCAUCAGUGAUGUGGAUCAUCACUCUUUCAUAUUAAAUUAAUAAAUACCAAAGUUUAGAGCAUGUUUUAAAACUAUUAUGAU